GUUUAUUUAUUUAUUGCCCUUGGAGACUAUCGACAAUGUAUUCGAUACUAGUCAAUGCAGCCAUGGUCCUGCCAGCUCUCAGUUGUUGUCCAUCUCAUCCACGAGUGGCAUUGCAAAGCUCUCUAGAGCCUCAUGGCCAAUGCCUGCAGCCGAAGGUUACUCCCCUUGAUGUUGGUGAUGACGGCGUUUAUGCCCAGCAACGUUUGGACUACUUGCUCGGAGAGCCCUAUGGCAAUACAACAUGCCUUGUCUCUGUUUUUAAUGUAAAUGCUGGUGACACAGUCAAUAUGCAAUUCCUCCACGAGAAAGUCAAUAUCUAUCUCAAGGACGAUGUGUUUCGCCGGGAAUUUCUGCAAGGCAUCUUAUUUCAAGGCGCCAAAGAGAACGAGGUCACAUUCAAUGUCGAUCUUCAACAACUCCAUCGCCAGUGGGGAACAACGUGGCAUUGCUUUCUACCAGACUCCAACACUAACCUCCAUCCCGGUCCAUACAGUGCUAUCCAAGGGGAACUGUAUGACGUGAGGCGAAUCUACAGCGAUGAUAGCCUCGCAUUCGUACGCGUGACAUGGCAUCCUCGUGGCUCUGAAUAUGGCCUCACUCAACUCCAUCUUGCUGGCGACAGAUACCGGUCCUUGGGUAUUGCUGUACCGUCUCGACUGCACUCCCUGGACCCAUCUCACCGGCUUCCAUUAAAUGGUGUGAGAAUCGCCGUCAAGGACAACUUUGAUAUUGCUGGGCUGCGUACUUCAGUCGGAAGUCUCCCAUACUACCAGCUUUAUCCCCCAAAAUCUCAAACAGCAGACGCUGUGUCUCGUUUGAUCUCGCUUGGUGCUCAAGUCAUUGGAAAGCUCGCAAUGAGCGCCUUUGCUCUCCAGGAACACCCCAUGCAGAGUGUUGACUACCAGGCUCCCAUAAACCCCCGAGCUGACGGCUAUCAGAUCCCCGGCGGUAGUAGUAGUGGUGGUGGUGCGGCUAUUGCGUCUUAUGACUGGCUUGAUCUGGCUUUGGUAUCAGACACAACGGGUAGUGCCCGUAUUCCUGCACUGCUGAACGGUUGCUUUGGCCUCCGGCCAACUCCAGGGUUGAUAUCUAAUGCUGGUUGCAAGGGAGUUUAUCCUGCCUUUGAUACCCCGGCUCUCCUCGGUCGUGACCUGACUCUCUUUGAUCGAUUUCUAUCGGCCUGGAAUACCACCUCCAGACCUCUGAUAACCUCUUCCACUAGACCUCGGGUGCUCUAUCCGAAGGAUUUCUUGCCGACAAACAACCAGGAACAGCUGAAAAUUUUAGAUACAUUUGCAGAGCGCCUAUCUUUGGCAUUGGGCAGCGAGCUCGAGCACAUGUCUAUAGCAGAAGCGUGGGCUGAAGACAGCCCAGAAGGGGAUGGAAACCUCGACACGUAUCUGUUCAAUGUGUGUAUACAUGAUACCCCUUGGCCGAGAUGGUUGCAAAUCUGACAGAUCUACUGGUUACUGCGCAUGGGUUUUAUUAUAUGGCGUUUCAGUCUUUCAAUCAAUUCAGGUCUUUGUACGAAACGGAAAAUCACAAACCCCCUUUUAUCACAGAAGUCGUUCGGUGGAUGUGGUAAUUUCAUCCUAUUUCUCUUUACGGGCCAUCUCCAACUAACUGACCAUCAUCUAGGGAUGUCGGAAGCAAGGUCGACAUUACCCAAUACCAGGAAGUAUCGAG